UCCUGACAUACCCCCUAAAGAACUGCAAUUAUGCUAGCGAGGCUGCAGGAGCGUUAAACAGUUCUUUCCCUUUUUGCUGCCUUUCCGUGCGUUCCUGUCCGGUUUAGAGCUUGGCCUUUUUACUUUUUAUUUGUAGUGUGUGUGGUUCUUAGGACGUUAGAAGAAAUAUGCUGAAGAGUCACUGUGAGGCAUGGCUAUUUUUGUUAGAAGCUGAUACUUUAGAUUGAGUUUUAAGUGUUGCCUCUGGAAGGCCUUAGGUUGCUCCGGGAGGGCAGGAGUCUGCAGAGGAAACAGAAAGUUCAGAGGGGUGCAGAAGAAGAAGGAACAGAAUUAGAAAAGCAGAGGACCUCCCUCCUCCUCAUUCUGCAGCUCCUGCAAGAGCCAGCAACCCAGAAGUAUUAUCUAAGCUGCCACAGUAGAUCUUGACCUUUUUAACAGAGUAUCUCUUACCAUCAUCAUCAUGGCCGAGAUUACAGCAGAAGGUAGACAGAUACGGAUUGCAUCUUCUCUUGAAAAUAGAUGUACAUCGGUUGCAUUGGAGCAAUUCCAGUGUCAAUAUCCCACUGGAGGAGGCAGCUGUUUUCCAGGACGUAUGUCUACAACCACGACAAUAAUAAAUGGUAAGAACGGAUCCGUUCCCUCCUCAUCCAUGAAAGUGGGCAAGAAAUCAGUUACAGAAGACCUCGUGACAACAUUCAGCUCACCAGCAGCAUGGCUUCUUGUUGUUGCUCUGAUUGUUACCUGGUCAGCAGUAGCUAUUGUAAUGUUUGACUUGGUGGAUUACAAAGCCUUUGCAGCCUCCUAUUCACAACAUUGCGAUGAUCCCUGUUUACCACCUGGAAGAUCUGUUAACAAGCUCAGCACAGAACCACUGAGAAUCAUUCAUGAGACAUUGGAAGAAUCCACUGAUUGGCUUUAUGGCUUUAUUUCUUUACUGUCUGACAUCGUAUGGAGUGAUGAUGAUGACAGUGAUGAAGGUGAAGUGGAACCUUCCCUGAAAAAAGAAAUUCAUAAACAGAAACCGGAGAGACAUGAAAAACGAACACCACCAAAGGUAAUUCACAGAGACAAACCUGAAAAACAAGAAAAAAUUGAGAGGAAGGAACCCCUAAAGGUGACACAUAAAGACAAACUGGAAAGACAAGAAAAACCUGAAAAAAAGGAAAGGCAUGCAGCUAUUCACAAAGAGAAACCUGAAAAGCCAGAAAAGCAUGAAAAGAAAGCACCUUCUAAAGUAAUUCAAAAAGACAAACCUGAAAGACAUGAAAAAGCUGAAAAGAAACCUCCUCCCAAAGAGGAGAAGAAAGUAAAGAGCACUAAAGUGGAAGCAAAAGUUAAAAAGGAAGUGAAGGAUGGAAAAGGAGAAGCAAAGACGGCUGAGAAGGUCAAGCAAGCAGAGACUAAAACAACAGAAGUUGGGCUAAUAAAAGCCAAACCAAAAGUUAAGGAGGAGAAAGCUCUUCAGACUGUAACUAAAUCGGAAAAGAAAGAUCAAUAUGCAUUCUGUCGCUAUGUGAUUGACAUGUUUGCGCAAGGGGAUUUUUAUCCAGGACAUAAGGAAAUGGUACCACCUCGUCUUCUUCUUGAACAUAGUCCAAGAAAGAAACCAGCAGCUAUUGAAGAGAGAAAAGAGGAAAAGAAAAAGACUGAUAUAAAAAAGGCUACGACUGAAACCAAGAAGAAAGAAAAAGAAGGAAAAAAAGAGAAAGCUCAUGAGAAGACAGCUGUCCCUGAAAUUAAAAAAGCAGAUAAAAAAGCAGCUGCUGUGUCCAAAGAACUCAAAAAGCCAGCAAAAGCUCCUGCAGCCAAACCAGCCGCCAAGAAAGCAGCAGCACCAGAACCACACAAGAAAGAAAGAAUGGUGGAAACCGCAUCUGUGGAAACUCUGAAGUCAAAAGCAGUACCUGAAAAGAAGGAAGAAAAGGCAACAAAGGCAGCAGAGCAAGGUAAAAAGAAAACAAAGCAUGCUGAUCCUGGAAAAGAGAAAGAAUUGAAAACUCCAGCUGCUACAAAAGACAAAGAACAUGCCAAAGAAAAGGAAGGAAAGAAUCCUACAGCUUUAAAAGAUAAAGAUUCUCUGAAAGGAAAAAAUCCCAAGAAUCCAGAGGGGUCAAAGGAAAAAGAGACUGGUAAAAGAAAAGAUGUGAAGCCUCCAGCAGCCUUAAAGGAAAAGGACUCCUCAAAAGGAAAAGAAAUGAAGACUUCAACUACGACUAAGGAAAAAGCUGCUGUGAAAAAGGAGGGGGAGAAGAAAGCUACCUCAGAGAAACCUCACGAACACAAGCAUGAACGCAUUAAACAUGAAAAAGUUCUCUCUCAGACUAAGCCAGAGGAGAAAAUUAAACAUCAAAAGACAACUCCCACUGAGAAGUCAGUCCAGGCAAAGCCAGCAAAGCAUGAAGCAGUCAGACAUGAAAAAGGUGUUCCACCUGUAAAACCAGUCAAACUGAAAAACACUGCAAAACCAACAGGUGAAAUCCCGACAGCAGCCACGAAAAGAACAAAGACAGCUAAGGAAAAAGAAGAAAAACCAACCGAGAAGAAGCAUCUGAAAGAUGAAAAAACCAAAGGAGUCCCGCCAGUAAAAGAAGCUCCACGACAUCACAACCUGACAUCAGCUCCUGUCCGCUACUUUCAAUGUGUCUUCCUAAAUGGACCUAAUGGAUUUGGACUGCAGUUUCCCACUAAUCCCCCUUCAAACAAGGAAGAAAAGACUCACUCAAAGACUUCCAAGAGAAAGACAAGGAAACCAGGGCAGUAGAGAGACUGAGUCCUGAGAUCGCUCCCAUGUUGCACUUUAUCUUUCUGCUGAGGUCCACAGUAGUUACAGUGGUACUUGUCAUUGCAAGAAUGUGAUCCACUUGGACACAUGUACCUGGAAAAAGUUUCCAUGGGGCAGAGGAAAAACAAGCAGUAAUGAACUGUGUUUGAGAAAGGUAGAAAUGUAAAAGUGCCCCAUUUCUCAUGGAAAGGCUGCAAUGCUAACAAAGCAUUGACCUGGUUGUGUGUGUGAGCGUGUGUGUGUGUGUUUUCCUGCCUCUUUUGCUCUUCUUGUUUUUCUUUACCUACCUGCUCAGCAUUGAAGUGAGUCUGUUUUCCAUUUAAUCUUAUCUAGGGAGUGAAAGGUUGAAUGUAGCUCUUAUAUCAGCAAGAUUGCAAAACUACCUGUGAUCCUAAAUCAUUUCUUCUUAACGUUCAAUCAAAUUGCUGACAGGAAAAAGCCUCACUAAGUCAUGAAAAUGUGCUCUGUGACUGGUGCUAUUUUUAUGUCUCAUUGACCAGUGUAGCCUGAAGCUCACACUUACUCGGAGCAGCUCAAUAUACUAUCAGUAAGUUGACUCCGCAAGUCAUGUUAAUGAUGAAUAUUUCUAUUUAACUUGAAGUAGUGAAAGCACGGUCUGUUUGCCCUGCCUGUUCGUGAAAUACAAACUCUUCACUUUCUAGAGCCCAAAGUGAGCAGAAAAAGUGAAGCAACAUGGCAAAGGUGGGGAAAAACCAGUGGUUUACCAACAUGAAUGUCCUAAGAAACAAGUGAAAUAAUUUUAGUACUUCUACUUUUCUUCUGUGGGUAAAUCAGAUUGACUUGCAGUGAAGACCAUGUAAAUGGAGAAUAUGCCAGCCAAACAUUUGCCAUUAGCAUAAGUCAGAUGAAAAGCUAUGAUGUGAGAUGCCACUUAUGAAACUAAAGCAACCCAAAUUUCCAAUAGGUAAGCACGCCAAUUUGGUGCGAUUUCAGAUCAGUGAACAAAACAAACAAACAAACAAACAAAGAAACCCAAACAGGAGCAUAUGAAAUAAUCCAGGUAGCUGAUUUUACUAGAUGAAAUGAAAGGACUUCCUCACAGCACACUACUGUUGAUAGCUCAUAGAUGAGAAAUGGAAGUAGAUAUGCCAAUCCUCAACUUUCUUUUGUGCAUUUCUGUAGGAAUAAUGGAUUUGUUGCCUUAAGAAAGAGAUGGGAUGGCAUUUGAUCCAUGUGAAGGCACAUGACUGAAAACUGGCAUCUCAAUUGUCUGUACGUCUGGCAAUGUAAAUAAUCAUGUUUUUGCAAGCUGCUAUUUGUUUGUAUCUCCUUACUAUAUUUUUGCAUUUAAUCUGUGAAAUGUACAGCAGUGAUCUUAGUUAUAUAGUUAUCUGGUGAAGCAGCAUGAUGCUGUUCGUACAACCUGGCUACUUGUAAAGUCUGAUCACACCAGUAACUAUAUACUGCUUUUUUAUUUUUAGCAUAGUUCAAGAUAACAUCAGCCCCUUCCCCAUCCCCUCUCCAUGCUGACCCAUUCUUACCUUAAGCAAAUAAUUUACUCACAUGAGUUUUGGACAACUGAGUCUUUGACAGGUUAAUGCAAUUCAGAAACAUUUGCUGUUACACUGCUGGGUCAGGUUGGUACUCUCUGAUUACUGGUCAUGGCCUUACAUGAAGUGGGUUCUUGGUCGUAAUGCGCUCUCGUAUUGCACAGGUCCUGUGCUCCAAAACCAUCAUUGCAAAAAGCAGUCUAGAUCAUGGUUUCUGGAAAGAGGUAGGAGCAGGUUCUGCCCUAGGAGUAGCUCUUCCCACAAAGGAGCACACUGCAGAUAAAAGCGUUCAUGGUGAAUGCCUCCACAGUCACCUGUGAAAUCUGCUCAGGAGAUAGAGCUACGAACAGAGAAUAUUUCAUAGUAAAAUGACAAUCUUUAAUUUUCUUUCAGUGGGCCUUUUUAUAUUUCCAGUGACUUCUUUUCCUUUCCAGUUUGUGAUUUUGCCCUAGAUUUUUACUGUGAAAGCUGUCUUAAAAUGAGAUUAUAACUUUCUGAAAAUCAGUUAUUUAAUUCAAGACCUUAUCUAAUUCCAAUAAUCAGGACAAAAUUCUAAUAUACUAUAAGCUGUUAUUUUUUUCAGCUUCUUUUGGCAAAAUACAUUUUUUCAUUACAGUUAGCCUUAAUCCUUUCUUCCCAUUUGAGUUGGGAGGUGACAAGAAUAUGUUCCAGAUCUUAUUUCCACAGUGUUUCAAUUAGAUGUCUGAAAGCUUCGGAAAUAUAAACAAUUAAUAUCAUUGAGUAAGUGAUAUAAAAUCAGUCAUUUAUUGUUGUUUCCUAAUCUUAGUCACUGCCUCGAAGAACAGGAGAAACAGGUACACUCUCAAAGUGGCAAGCAUUUUUCUCUUUAAAUUCACCUGGAAACUUUGAAAAAAAUACUUGAAUUGCAUGGGUUUUACUCAAAUUAGCCUGAAAUAUUGCAAAAUCAUAUGCUGAUUGUUAUCCAUUUUGGAAAAUAAAAAAUAUAAACCUUGUUCCCCA